AUGGGUGUACCAAUCAUUGCGAAUACACCCAUCAUCGGCUUUCAGAAGGACUUGAUUGGGCUUGAUCUGCCGCAUAAUGACGCCCUAGUAAUCUACAUCCAAAUUGAACAAGCUGUGAUCAAGCGAGUUCACGUGGAGGAGGGCAGUGCAGCCAAUAUCCUGCAACUAUCUGUUAUCCAACAGAUGGGAUUGGAACCCAAGAUCAGCAAACUCGCCAGAUCGCUCACCGGCUUUAAUGGGGCCGUGUCAAUCAUUGUUGGAACAAUUGACCUUGACAUCCACUCACCCCCGGUGGUCUGCUCGCAAACCUUCAUGGUCAUCGACAAGGUCUCUCCCUACAACGGAAUCUUGGGCAGACCAUGGAUCAACAAGAUCAAAGCCAUCACAUCUGCUCUACACCAGAAGAUCCGCUACCCCAUCCCUGGUGGUGUGAUUGGGCAGAUCAACAGUGACCAAGCCAUGGCAAGGAAAUACAUAGCCCAAAGGCUCAAGAAGAGCAAGUAG